GCCCCCGCCGGGACCGGGACCCGUACUCAGACAAGGGCGCGCAGGGAGGGAGAAUGGAGGACUUCGGCCGCUUCUCCCCGCGGCCCCACUCGGCCCUCUGGGAGCCUCCGCCGCCCAGCGAGGAGAGCGCAUCCUUGGCUCAGCUGGACGGGUCGGGGCCGCGGACCGAACCGGGCCUGUGCUCCUGGGCCCGGACACCAGGCGAGGAGAGCGAGGCCAUCGCGCCCUGGCCUCACCUGCUCUGCUCACCCACCCCUCGGCCCAGCGGGCGCCACUACUCCAACUCGCCGCAGGAAAGUCGCAGCCUGACCGACGUGGCCCGGAGAUUCCUAGACCGCGCCAGGAAGCCCCGACCCCGCAGCCGGCGCCUGGAGGAUGCCUGGGGGGAGGCAAGGACCAAGCCCCAGGAGCAGGGAGGCAGCCGGCACAGCCCGGCCUGGCAGCUGGAGCCCCAGCCUCAGCAAGGCCAGCACUACCCUCCUGCCCGGGGAGAUUCGCCCCCACCUUACUCGCAGGGAGCUUACACUCCCGCGAACCGAGCAUUUGAGGAAGAAAAGGCUCAGAGCGGAGACCAGUGGGCAGUGCCGCUCUGCAGGGGUCUACGUCCCUGGUCCCUUUCCUCAGUUCAGACGGAGAAGUCUUCUGUGUCCUCCAGAGAGUUCGGGCCGCAGUCAGGUUGCAUGCACAUCCAGAAAAGACACAGCAAUGAUACGGUGGAGUCGUUAACCAGCCAGCUUUCCCAGUCCCUGGUUUCCAGCAAGGAGAUGCAGAAUCAACACACACAGGUCCUCAAGAACAAGUUGGAAGAGGCAAUAAUGUCCUCCAGGGACCAGAAGAUCGUGGCCCUGGUGCUGAGCCGGCUCAAAAAGGCCCAGAGGAUGCGGGAGCUGCAGCAGCAGGCGGCCCUAGCCUGGGAGGAGCUGAAGCGCUCCGACCAGAAGGUCCAGUUGACCCUGGAGAGGGAGCGCAAGCUGCUGCUGCUGCAGAGCCAAGAGCAGUGGCAGCAGGACAAGGAGCAGCGCAAGGCUCGUCUGAACCGGGAGCUGCGAGUCCGGCGGCGGGACAGACGAGCCGCCAGCACGAUCCAGCAGGAGAGCAGCGGCUGGAAGGCGCCGCUGGAGGACCGGGAGAAGCAGCGCCAGGAGAAGCUGGAGGGGGCCCCCUCCGAACCUGAAACGGAGCCGGAGAAGCAGUGCCAAGGGCCACGCCUGCCAGAGAAGACGCUGCGGGACCUGCAGGCGCGGAACAGCCUGCAGCUGCAGAAGAGGCUGGCACAGGCCUGUCUAAAGAAGCACGUUCACCCUGCCAAGGGCCAGAAAAAGAUCCAGGAGACCAGUCUCAGCUCUCUAGUCAAUUACCAGGCCAGGAAGGUCCUCAUGGACUGCCAGGCCAAGGCUGAGGAGCUCCUCAGGAAGCUGUCCCUGGAACAGAGCUCCCAAUGGUCCCAAGAGAUGCCCGAGGGCCAGAUGAAGGAGCCCCACAGAGAGCUGAAGGACAAAGUCCAGAAGGAGGAGGAGCGGUUCCAGCAGGUGAAGUGUUGGGCAGAAGAGUCGCAGGAGCAGAGAAAGGAGCACAAGCCACUGCUGGAGGAGAUGGCGGACCAGAAGAUCCUUCAGACCCGGAGUCAGGUCCACAAGAACAUCAGGGACAAGGCGCACCACAUUCGGGAGCUCAACAUCCUACGGGAGAAGAAUCAUCACAUCCUGAAGCUGAAAGCCGAGAAGGAGGAAAGGUGCCACAUCGAGGGCAUCAAGGAAGCCAUUCGGAGACAGGAGCAGAGGAUGGAGCAGAUCUUGCGAGAGAAAGACGCAACCUUCGAGGAAUUCCAGAAGAUCUCCAGGGCCUCCAGGACAGAUGACGGAAGAACACUUGCCAACAACUUCUUUGAUCGGAUGGCCCGGGAGGCCCAGAUCCCAGCUGGGCAGCAGAGAGGGGGCUACUGAGAACCUGAUGACAAAUAGCUUCCAGCCCAGGAGGCUAAACAGAGAUCUGGCAAUGUGAUUCAUUUUCUAAUUUGAUUAUGACUGAGCAUUGAUUUUUAAAAAGUAUAUAAAAUAGCAGCAACU